AUGCCACCUACUGUCGCACAGGCACCGCGUCGCAACUUCAAGUUGAAUGAAAUGAUCUCCUUCGGCACUCAUCUGACUUCUGAGAUUUGGACGUGUCCCCGUGACACUUCGCUCAAAGAUCUUCAGACUCAGUUGUACAAGAAUCUGGAGCUUUCGUCGCCCAACGAUGAGACGGUAGACUACAUCCGUCUGGUGCUGAAUAAUGCCCUCUCCCUCUCGGGAGCCUUUCUGCUUGAAGGGCUCAAUGAAUGGACUUUGUGA